AUGCGCGCCGAAAAGCUGGAACCGCAGAUACGGUUCACGCGUCAGAGGGAUAUUGACGUCGACGUUGGAGAGACAUCAUGGCUGUCCCCUCCAGCUGCGCCUCUUGCCAUGAUUGACGGCCGGCCAAGUAGCGAGUACGAGCCCGACCCCGACCUGGUAGACUACUUCUACCUCCACAGGCGUCUGCCGCGGUCCUUGCUGCAUCAAGGACUCCCCUAG